GCGCGAAGGCCUAGCUUGGCUGGUAUCCGGUGUCCUUGGUUUCGGUCACAGUUUGCCCGGCUUCAUCACCAUGCAGUCUGUCCGUGGGUUCCUGGCUCUCCGCCGGUCGGUACUGGGUCACGUACGAAGCUAUGCCGAGGCAGCCCCCGCUGGGUCACCGGUCAUGAGCUUUACGUUUGCCUCCCCUAGCCAGGUGUUUUAUAAUGGUGCUGCUGUAAAACAAGUGGACGUUCCCACAACAACAGGAAUGUUCGGCAUCCUUUCCAAUCAUGUCCCAACGCUACAGGUUCUUAGGCCCGGUCUUGUUACAGUGUUCAGUGAUGAUGGAACAGCAACCAAAUACUUUGUGAGCAGCGGUUCAGUGACUGUGAAUGCAGACUCUUCUGUCCAAGUACUGGCUGAAGAAGCGGUGACCCUGGACAUGCUGGAUCCCAGUACAGCAAAGUCAAACCUGGAAAAGGCACAGGCAGCGCUGCAGAGCACAGCAGAUGAGGUGGCAAAGGCAGAAGCUCAGAUUAAUGUGGAAGCCUGUGAAGCCAUCGUUAAAGCUCUGGAAUAAGGCAGGACUUCAGCCUCUCGUACAACACUGUUUCCAGCCGCCGUCCCCCCAAAUAAAAAAAAUAAAUUAA